UGCUACGAUACAAAGCAACAAUGAGAAACACACAAAGCAACAAAUCGUACUUUUAACCCCAAAACUUUUUUUAGUACUUACUAUUUACUGAUUUACACCAAAAAUGUGUGGAGGAGCUGUAAUUUCCGAUUACAUAACGCCGUCGUCGGAGUUCGAUCAAGAGAAGAUUGGGAGAGGUAAGAAGUCUUCUUGGACAAGUAAGGCUGUCUUUGAUUGCUCAAUCGACGAUUUCAACGGAGAUUUUGAAGAAUUCGAGUCGGACUUCUCUUCAACUCGUAAACGUGCAUCAUCAGGCUCAGCGUUAGAUGGGACGAAGAAACAGAGUAGUCGAUACAGAGGAAUCAGGAGAAGACCUUGGGGGAGAUGGGCGGCUGAGAUACGUGAUCCAACCAAAGGAGUUCGAGUUUGGCUCGGGACUUUCAAUACAGCUGAAGACGCUGCUAGAGCUUAUGAUCUUGAAGCUAAGAGAAUCCGAGGAGCCAAAGCUAAGCUCAAUUUCCCAAACGAGCCUUCUAAGAAGCGCAUAGUUGAGGCUAAGACUGUGCAACUGAUACAAGAGAAGAAGAAUCAUGAGGCUGAUAUUGGAUUGGCGGUGGCUAGCUCAGUGCCUAGUAGUAGCCAUGUUGAUUUCUUGUGGGAUGAGAAUAAUGCUGAUACACUUCUGAUCGAUACACAGUGGCUCCGAGAUGUCAUCAUGGGCGAUGCGAAGAAAAAACAGGAACUAAAUGAUGGUGAAGAAGAAGGCAACGUUAAUGCUGCUCUGCUUUCGGAAGAGCUUCUAGCUUUCGAGAACCAGACAGAGUGUUUCUCGCAGAUUCCGUUUAUAGAGGGAAAUUGUGAUUCCUUAACAUCGUUGAGUGUCAGUCUCUUUGAUGGAGACAAUAACAUUGAUCUUUGGUCCUGAACGAUGUACAAAAGACAUGAGUUCUUGUUUUGUAAGAGUGUUGCACACUACUAGCUUUAGAUUGAAUUAUCGUUCUUUCCUACUGUCAAUAUAUCAAUUAAAAAAAAAAAGCCACUUUGUCAUUUUAAUUCUGUCUUAGUGUCUUGCAAAUCCUGAGUUUCAGUUUUAUAAUCAUGAUGUAGAAAGAAUUGUUGUGAAGAACCACAAUAUCAAUUCAUAUUUGUGAUAAAGCCUCAAGGGAUAAUAUAGUAGAAAUUUUUUUGAUUCAAAACAAAAAAAAAAGUGCAAAACAAAAUAAUCUAAUUGUCUUAA